AUGACUCAAGAACGGCUACUCAGAAUUCUUAUAGAUCGUUUACUUUUAGUCAAAUUACUGUCAGUUACUUUCAUUGUUAAACAUAGUUAUCUGUUGCUUCUUGAUCAACGCCUUGUCUUUUGUCCGUUAUUAAACGGGCGCUCAUUACCUGUAAUAAUGCCUAUCCCGGAGUUGUUUAAUAUAUUGCUCCAAGAGUUUGUGAAUUUCAAAGUAUUGCAAUUGCACAAUAACCCUGUUAUUAUUGAUGGAGAGGACUUUAGUGAAUAUUUUUAUGAAUAUUUAAAAUUACCUAUAAAAUAUGGUGGCGAAUAUUUAUCUUAUAUUGUACAUAUUAAGAAGUUUUUGAGUGAAAUCAAACAAUGCAAGAUUUAUCCAUCCUUUCUGUUUGGUUCCGAUUGUGAAAGAGUCGGCUUACAACUUUCCAGUCAACUUCAAGCAAUGGAAUCAACAAUAAAAUUAUUAUCUUCAAGUAAUACACAAAAGAAAAAUUCAUCGCCUAUACCUUACUAUAUGUUUCUUCAAAGUAUGUUAACAGAUGUUCUCAGUGAUAUGGAAAUAAAAUUUUUAAAGUCUCCUUAUCCUCGUAUACGAAGUUGUGUCUCAUUAGCUAAUUAUCUUCACCAUCCAAUCAUUGCUAGUUCUCCUGAAUAUUUUUUAAUCGGUACUCACCAGAUGUCAUCUGAUACAUCUCCUUGUUUUAUCCCACUAUCACUCAUGAAAUUUCAAUGUUUGGAAUCCAAAGGGAGUUGUUAUUGUGAAUCAAUAGAUGCAGAAUCACAAUCCAUCCAAACUCCAUGUCGUUUCUUAACAGUCCAUGAAUUUAUUCCUAAACCAUCUUCAGUUCAUCCAGCCUGUCGACCGUUGAUUGGCUUGUUACUUGGUACAGACUCAAUGCCUCACACAAAACUCCCCAACUACUUGUAUUCGAUCAUAAACAACAUAGAGAAAAGAAGCUACAAAUUUCGACGCUUUAUGACUCUGGUUUCAUGGUUUUCCCAAUUUAGCACUAAUCUACAGACCCCAAUCGAUGAAAUCCUAAAAUGCUACUCUUCCAAAGAAAGAGGUAAGCUCUUAAAAAUGUUCGCAGAAUCACUGGCGGGAUACUUUCCAGACUUAUACUUAGGUCAAAAGUUAUCUGUUUCUCUUCAUCAAGAAAUUUCAGUAUCAACUAGAAAUCAGUCGAAUCCUCCAAUUUUUGUAUAUAGCACACAGGAACCUAAUUCCACAACCGAAAUUGCAUUAUGGCAAAGACGUCUUGGUGAUUUGUUAAAAGGUCAGCUGACCAUUAUCCUAGGAAGUAUGGAUUUUACACAAGGAUGGUCAAAUUAUUUAUUACAAUUAUAUUUUAAACAUAAACUUGCACCAUUCAUUUUAACUCCUAUCUAUUGUCAAGGUGGCGUUGUUAUGCCUUUAUUAAUUGAAAAUUCAAAUAUUGAAUUGUCAGCCUAUGAAAUUUCACUACCUUUAAGAUGGAUGCACUAUCGUUUAUUAUGUGGUAUUGAACAUAACCUAUCACAUAAACAAAAACUAAUCGGUUUAAAUCCUCAUAUUUUGGAAUAUCACCGUGUUGGUGAUACACUAACAACAUAUCAAAUUCAAGUUGAUCCUUUAAUUUUAAAUCGAUAUGAAGAUACAACAGAUAAAAUACUUUCAGGUAUAGUUGGAUUUUCAUUUUCUAAUUUUAAUGUUGAAAGAAAAUGGAUCGUAAGUUUAGCACUGACCUUAACAUUUUGGUUUCAUGCUAUUACAAAAAAUAAGAGCAAUUUACGCGAUGAUCUACGAAAUUCUCCUAUUGUUCUAGCAACUGUAGCAAUUGCUGUCACCAAUUAUUUCAAUGUUAUAGAAUCAGAUGAAAAAACAGUUGAACAUUAUGGUAUUUUGAUUAAAUUCCUGAAGGAUAAGUUGUCUGAUCGACUAUCAUCAUCGUGUGUUGAUUCGUCUGUUGUUCAUCACUUUACUUCAAUUCACACUGUAUAUAUCUAUCUACGAUCAUUGACACAUUUAAUUGAUGAAUUGGUACUAUCUGAUCGAAAAUCUAAUUCUUUGAGCUUUCUUCCGUCAUGGAUAUUCUUUCCGUCUGGACACUUAUUUUAUAGUCUUGUGAUUGAUAUAGAAUCACUUAAACCAGAUGAUAGAUUCCGUUUAACUUUACGCUAUUGGCUCCCUCGUCUUUAUCGUAUUCCAAAGUUAAACUCUGAAUCCGCAAUGAAAUUGCAAAAAUUAGCUGAAAUUUAUGAACGUGUAAUAAACAUUGCAAGUGAGAUUAUAUGUUUACCAGUAUUUGCUCCAAAUAUUGUAUAUACAAAGGUACCAACAACUAUUCCUGUCAUUGAUUUGCUUAAAAAUGAAACACCUUCAAAUGCCCCAAGUUCAGUUAGAACAACAAACACUGAAAGGAGCUUACAAGAUAAAAAUUCAGAAUUCAAGAAAAGAUCACACUCUUCUAUCAAUAUUAAAUCAGAUAUCCCACUGUCUAAAUCUAAACAAUCAUUACCUAAUCGUCAUUACUCAGAAAAAACAUUGGUAACGUCUAAAAAACAAUCUCGAAAAUUACCUUAUCAUUUACGCUCUACUGGUUAUGCUGCUCGUUUACGUGCCAGACUUGAAGAAACAGAAUAAGAUAUCAAUUAUUUUUUCUUUGUUGUUGGUUACUCUAUUUUAAAUUUGUCAAUUUCCUUCAACUACCGAUUUUAUUAUGCCUUUCAAGUUGAAAAUUAUUCCGGUUAUUUUUCAUUUUCUCAUUAUAUUUUCCAAAAUAUCAGCAUUUUUAUUGGAGAAUAUCAAGUUUGUUUUUUGCCGUACUCGUACUCCUAUACCUUUCAAUGGGCUUUUUUUAUUUAAAGUGUAUCUCAGUUGAUCUGGAGACUAUUGUUUUGAAAACAUGUUACUGGGUUUUUAAGGUUCCUAGUAUUCUUUUGAAAACACAAAUGAACUCGAUGAUAUGGGUAAAAACGCCAUUAAGCACUUUACUUUUUAUUUAAGUUCUAAUCAACGUUGUCUCAAGUGUAACACUCCUAUUUUCAACCAAUUCAAUAAUAAGAUGCUAGAUGUCUUGUGUGGCUUAAACUAAUAUUUCUUCGUUAUUUGAAUUGUUGGCAAGUACUGAUCACAUUUCAAUUGAAAGGAUCUUGUAUACUUCUCAGUUUUUAUGGGCAUUCAUCUUAAAAGACACUGUCUUCUUAUAGGUCUAUUUAAUUAGUGUUGACUCCGUCCUUGUAAUCUUGUGUACCAAGCUUAUUCAAAUUAUCAUUCUAACCACCUCUGAGCUUAAACUCACAAGUCUGAAAAGUGCCAUUUCGCAAAACAGAUUGUUUCUGAAAUAAACUGCAUACAUACAAGGACUUUAUCUUAGCUAUUGUGUAUUCUAUACUUGUGGCUGAAGACUAUUUGGCAAUAUACUUAUUAACCA